CUUAAGAACUUAAAAUUAUGUAUAAUAUAAUCUAUAAAAUGUUUGGACUUCGAGUCGGAGAAAACGUCAAAGACUGGUCACUCUAGUGACGCGGGGAUCCUGCCAUUACUAGCUCUUCUUUAAAUGUGAUCUCCCUUCCUGGGGGCUUCAGAUGUCUCCAUCCUAAGCUGCUACCCAAUUUCAAUCGCUGCUCCCUUUAUUUGUAACCACUGUGCCUUCGAUUUUCCGAUUAGUGCAACCCUGUUCUGCCUAUCGUGAACUAUCGUUGCGCUGCUUGCGGCAGACGAAUAGGCAGCGAUUUCCAUCGUCAAAUGCUGGAUAUAUUGGGAAAUAAUUGAUUGGGAAUUCCGCAACUUGGAUUCAUGAAAUGUUGCCCCGUUUCUCAGGCCUUAGACUGGCAUUACCCAGGGGUUCUUUAUGGUUCCCUUUGGGGUCUGUCUGGUCUGUCCUUACCAUCGCCCAAACACUUCUAUAUGGCAUGUUUUCUGUCCACUUGUUAGCUUUCAUCAUUGUGCAAGUGUGAACACCCAUUCUGAUAAUAUAUCGGAUAAAGACUAGUACAUCUACGAGCGUGAGUGAUAUUUCUCAAAACCCCAGGCCCCUUGUGACUCCGAAAUCUACAUUUUUAGCUGUGAGAUGCAGUUUUUAGUGAAUGUCCGCGACGGUGCCCUUGAAUGGCCCUUUCUGGCAGCCACUGAAAGUCAAAGGCGUUCAUCGGCUGUACUCUGCCCUCUGCGAAAAUCCGCCUCGUAGAAGGACGUAGGAUGCCAAUGCUGGACAUUCUGGAAUCCAAAGGACUUUUUGUUUUGGGAAAUCUCUAGAGCUUCUAAGCUUCGAUAAGCCGCGUUUCCUCAUUUAGCGCGCGAUAAAUCUCACGAGGCGAUCGUGGAUCGAGUCGUGGUAAAGAAUGAUAGGAAUUGGGAUUCGAUUGGGAUUAUACUUUGGGUUGAAUUAUGUGGAUUCCAAAAAAAUAUUUAAGAAUAAUUAAAAUUGUUUUCUUCUGGUCGAAAACCCAUUCAUCGAUGGUCUCUUGGAUGGAUCCUAUAGAUCUUCUGAAACCUUUAUCCCAAUCCUAAUUGAAUUGGAUCAUCGUAGCAGCUGUAAGUAUCAAUGCAGAAUCCAUGAAUCCAUGGAAUAUAUGUAUGUAUCUGGAAAUGAAAUAAAAUUAUUCUGUGAGUGAUACGUUUUCAAGGAUUGUUUGUCUGGUGGCUGGCAAUUCCUGCACGCCCAUUCUUUCACCUUCAACUUGAGCUAUUACCAUAAUAAUCAUCAUCAUUACAAGCCAGCAGCACAAUCAUCAUCAUCAUCAUUAUAAUCAUCACCUGGCCAGCCGUUUGCAUUCUCAUCUCUUAUCCCAUCCCAUCCCAACCCCAUGGCUCAUGGCUCAUGGCUCUCAUGAGGCCCCCGUAGGCGUCGAUAAUUGUUCUAUUAGGGAAAUGAGUUCAGGUAGCAACACUCAUCGUUGCUGCUUCUGCUGUUUCUGUUCCUGUUGUUGCAUCACGCCCACUUUGCCCUUGAUUGUGGGCCUGCCCUCAUCUCACGUCUCUCUGGUGCUGGUCUCUGGUCUCUGUCUCUGACUCUGAUGGGAUCUGAUGGUCAGAGAGCUCUCUGGUCUGUGGCCCUGUGGCUUUUGGCGUGUGCAUUUGUGUCAAGGUUGUCGACUGGUCAACACAGCUGCUGUCUGGAUCAGGAUGUGACAGAGAGAGAGAGAGGGAGACCCUUUCGUGGGUAGAAGGGCAACUGAUGCUGAUGAUGGUAGGCUCAAGUGCAGUGCGAAGCUUAAAAAUGCAAAUUACAAUCGUUAUGGCGUUGAGGCUCUUCUAGGAAGUCGCUAGUCCCGAUGGGUUGGCCCUGAACAUCUAUAUUCACUCAACUGGCGCCCCACCCAACGAAGUAGAGGCCUUGCCGAUACCCAUAUCCCACGAUAUAUAUCGGUAUUGCAAUGAAGAGUACACGAUCACAGAAGGGACACUUUUUGUUUUUUCUAGCUUCAGAAGUGUUGAGGUUCGUAAUGGAUCGGUUAUUAUUGGAUCUGAUCCGGUUCCAGUUUCCAGUUGUAUUUUCAGGGUACUUCGGGUUUCAUUAUCGUAUCGCUCGAUCGGUGGGCUACGUUCCGUUCCUCUCUCUCUCUCUCUCUCUCUCUGUCUCUCUCUCUCUCCACAUCUUUCCUCACUGUUUCCUCACUGUUUCCUCUAUCUCUCUGUUUCUGUUUGUGUUUCUAUCUCUAUCUUUCCUCUCUCUGGUUCAGCUGAUCUUCGUUUUGGUCUCAUUUGCAUGGUUGGACGAGUCCGAAAAUUCUCUGGGAAGUCCCUUUUGUACAAGUGGGUCGGGAGGGGUGGGGAGGGGAGGGGCUCCCCCUCUGGGAGGAGGCUCGUUUCGUUUCGUUCUCACGUCCAUCCGCUGCCGCGUCUUCUCUUCUUCGCUCUUCUCCGUCUGUCGCUCCUCUGUGUGGCAAAUUUUCCUUCUUUUUUCUUGUCUCUGUCGCUGCUUUGGUCAUUAUAAUUUUCCAUCCCAUGUGCGGGUAAGCGUGACCAUUUCGACUUCAUUAUACCCCCCGCCAAACCCCGACGUGCAGAUCCACUUCUCUCUCUCUCUCUCUCGACCCCUACCCCGCCUUCGCUCCCACACUCUCAGGCAAUGGACUGUCAUCGUGUGUGUCCAUUUCCAUUUCCAUCUCCGUUUCCGUUCCGAUUGUGUCGCUCUUUUGGAUGCCAAGCAACAACAACAACAAAAUAGCUCUCACGCUUUGCCAAAAUGUCCAAAAAAUUCGCCAAAUUGCCAGAAGAAGAGUAAAGAGAGAGCGAGAGACAGAGGGACAGGGAGAGAAUCAAAGCUAGAACCAGGGCAAGAGAAUGGACAGCCAGAGACAGAUCGACAGCAAAAGCCAGAAAAAGAAAAGGAGGAAGGAAAUAGAAAGAGAUGGGAAGAAAAGCAAGAAGCCCGAUGGAAAGCCAAACGAAAUAAGAAAAGAAAAAAAAUAUUUCCCUGAGAAGACUAUAAAAAUCCAAUACCCAGACAAGAACUGAGAGAAGAAAGAAGAUAUAGGGAAAGGAACACUAAAUAUUCCGAAUAAAAAGUAGAUACAAGGAAAGCCCGCUAAAGAUAAAUAUUGAGAGGAAAAUUCAAUGGGAAAUGGCCAGGAAAAGAUCUCAAAAAGAGAGUUCGAUUAAGGAAAAGCAAGUGAAAGAAAGAGCCGCAGGAAGGAGCUAAUGAAGGGACCCACUGAAGGAGCAAAAGGAGCUGAGGAAAGAUCGAAGACAGGAACCACUCAAGAACUAGAAACCAGAGAUAGAGCCGCACAAGGAUUGGGAGAAAGACUCGAUGAAAGAGUAGGAGAGCGAGAGGAGAGGAGAGUGGAGCCAAAACAAGUUGGCCAACAAUGGAUAAUAAUGACCAUGAUAAUGAUGAUGGUCAAGAGCAUGAUACAUUUUUUUUUUGGCGCAACGGCAAACAACUUCCACAAAUCCAUGGAAAACAUAGAAAACAAAUUAAACAUCAGCUGGCCAUCUCUUUUACACCAUCUCUCUCUCUCUCUUUCUGUCUUUCUGUCUGGCUGUGGAGUUUUCUCCACUCUCCACAAGAAAAACAACUUUCUCCUGCUCGCCUGGUCUCUGCCCUUAAUGGGUUGAGAUAAAAAUGUAUCUGCAUCUUUCAGAUGCAGUCAGUCCCUGUUUUUUUUUUGGUUCUCCUUCGCUAUGUGAAUGAUUCAUUGAAUGAACUCGAAUGACUCACAACAAACAAAAAAAGAACCAUAAUAAUAAUAAUUAUCAACGGGACUUUUGGACACCCUACCGCCACCCCCACCCCCAUCCACACUCUUUUACGGUUUCAGUUUUGUGGAUCGCCUAAAUGGGGUUCUCUCUUCCAUUUCUAUGGGGCCGGGCCUCUUAUCUUAUCCAUAGAAUGCGCCCCAACGUUUGUGCAAAAAAAGGAAAGAAAAGAAAACACACACAAAAAACAAUGGCAAACAGAUUUCGUUGGAAAAAAAUAACAAAAACAAUAAUAAACGCAGUUUUAUCUUUAUAAAAAAAAAAAAAUAGCAACUGGAAUGGAAUGGAAUGCCAACCAAAAACCGAUGUUUUUUCCUAUAAAUAAUGUACAUAUGUGUAUAAAAAAAAUGGAAAAGAAAUGCUCGCAAAAGCGCAAAUAAACAGAUCACAAGGGAAGGGAAUUGAAUUCAAAAAAAUUCUUAUCAGCAGAUUGCUGUCGCUUUUUGCGACUGUUUUGUUUCACAGAGAGAGAGAGAGAGAAAGAGAGGGAUAGAGAUGAAAUCCAUAUAGUUUAGAGAUUGUCUGUAAAUCAUGUGGGUUGAUAAUCGAGUAAAAAAACCCCAAAUGAAAUCUAUUACGGGGAAGUGCAUCAUUUUAAGACCUCUUUGAACCCACCAUUUGGUUGAAAUUUUGUGGAUACAGGCUAAUUCUUAGUCGGAAGAAAGAAUAGAAGAUUGAGUCCCACAUGGGUUCCAAUGUGUAAGGAUUUCUCCUUUGACAAGACUCAUAAUUUUACUGGGAAAAAAUAUGUGUGGAAAAUCAUUUAUCAAUUAAGUUUGCCUUCACGCUCGUUGCUCCUGGAAAUUGUUCCUGCCACUCGUGGCCCUCCUUUUUCUGGGUCUCUGGAUAACUCGAUUCAAAUUUAUUCCGAUCAAAAGCGCCUCUUGACGCCGAUGACGAUGUGGAUGUGUUGAUGGCUCCCCCGAUGACAUUUUGGCCACUCUCCUGGCAAGCGACUUUCUUCCUUCUGUCUCUCUCGCUCUCGGUCUCGGUUUGACUUGACCAACGCUCGAUGAAAGUCACGGCGGGGGUGGGAGGGUGUGUAAGAGUGAGAGACGACCAGAGACUCGUUCCGGUUCGUGCCUGCUCGUGUCGGACAUCCUUCUACCAAUCAGAGAGCAGCUUGAACACUUCGUGUAUCUCUGGCCGUGUCUUCGUCUUCGUUUUUGUCUACUUCGCUGUCUGUCUUCAGCCGUCGUCGUCGACGUCGUUGUUGUUGCAUAAUGACCAAAAACGACAAGUGUUGCCCGCAACAACUACAGGCAACAGAAAAUGCAAAAGCAAACACACAAAACGCAAUGCACGCGAAUGUAAAAGCAUUUACAGCAGACACCAGGCAGCAACAACAACAACAACAACAACAACAAAUGGAAGAGCACAGAGUAACAGAAAACAGUCGAAGUUUCUCUUUAGCGCUCUUUAUGCUUCGGCUCUCUCUCUCUCAGCCGAGUCGGCUGUGUGGCUCGGCUCGGCUCGCUUCGUUUCGUUUCGUUUUGUCGCUCGCUUGGAGUGGCUACCGUUUGUUUCAGUGCUGCUCUACCUGUCGAAUCGCUUACAACGCGUGAAACGCAUUGGCGGAAACCGCGCGCGCGUUAGAAGAGGAAAAACACGCAUUUCAACGUCGUCGUCGUCGUCGUCGUUGUUGUCGUUGUUGUUGUAGACACAGCAGCCGCGAAACACCAGCAACGGCGUUAAAUCGCAAAUGGAAAACCAACUUUAACUAAAAUCAAAAAAUACAAAAAAACAACC